CCGCCAGAUUGCUAGAAAAAGAACGCUCUUGGGCGCGCGACUCGUAGAUUACUGUACCUUUUUUUACAAUACCUCAACACUCGUAGAUCUACACCGGCCCGCGCGCGCGAGUGUUCCCGCGCGGCGGGCCAAGCAUACCCAAUGAAAAUGCGGUUGAAAUCGGUGCAACGCCAACGAAGGCCAUUGAAUUAUUUCCGCAGUCUUGCUGUUCGGCUGAGCGGAGAGGAUCGGAGAUUUCUUCAAAUCUGAAGGAAGAUUGACCCUGGAGAUUGGGAUGAUGUCGUCGUCAAACUCCCCGGCAGCAGUGUGCGUACUGCUUGCAUUCCUUGCUUCAGUCGGAUAUGUUCAAGCACAAACAGCAGCAUACCCAGGGUGCAAUCCUGGCUCACCAGCAGGACCCGCUUGUUUCUGUGAGGCGGGAAAGGUCCACUCUGAACAAGGAUGUAUCGAUUUCGCAGUCGCCGCCAUAGCAGGGGGUAUUGGGUCCGGCACCAGUGUCAACAUCGAUGUAUACACAUUCGCACAAGUGACGACCAGAACUGCUCUGCUCGGCCAGACGCUAGAUUCAAAGCUGAGUCUGAAGACGUCGCUCACAGGAUCUGUGAACGCUGUUACGGUGAUCUGGGCAGGAGCGGACACGAACAGAUUGGGUCGACCAUUGCUUGUACUAUCCGCUGGAUCGAUAAGCUCCUUUCUGAGCACACUCAUACUGGCUGACUGGCGCAACGUGAUUCGCAUCUCUCCUGGCAACACCAGCAACACGUCCACGCUGGCGAUUUCCCUCGACUUCAUUCCAGGACAGCCAGUGCCACCGGGUCUGAAAAUUGAACAGCGCCUAUACAGCGAGGACUGCUACACACUGACCACCCUGCCCGCGACUUGUACCUAUGCGGAGUUCAAGACAGGCUCAUCGCUUGCCUUUGGUGACUAUGAGUUCUUCGCUUCCGUCGAGGCAGGCGGACUUGUUAUCCCGCUUACUGUCCCCUUCCGUGUCAUUGUUCAAGCCUGGAAUGCCAGAAUCAGCCAGCCCCAAUGCCUCGGCCUUUCUGUUCAUUCUUGCUACUGUACCACUGGCUAUGCAUUUCUACGUGACGGCUCAUGUGCCCCCGCAGGCAAGGUCCUAAUUGACGAAGGCCAUGCCACCGCAGGUCAAGAGAUGGAGGUGCAGGUGUUCAACUUCAGUGGGAUUGCACCACCCACCGGCUCUGCCAAGAGGAGUGUCACCGUCACUAACAACCUCACGCUCCCAGAGCUUGCCUUCUCUCUGUUCGGUCACGUUAUCAUUGGCAACAGCGGACAAUCCGUUGUGGCCUCCUUCGCCGAUAUGCAGGUCCGCCAGCUGGUCGCACACUUCGCCCAUGUCGGCUAUCAGAACUCGUCAGCUUUCAUCACGGAGAGCUCGCCUGGUAUAGUGACCGUGCAGACGUCCGCCGUCUUCAACGCGUCCCAGUACCGUCCUUACAGUGCUAACUGCUACAGUGCAACAACAACAAUGGGCGCCGGGGGCAGCGGCCAGUGUGCUUGGCUCAACUUGAACUCCACCGCUCAGGCACUGGCUGGUGGUGACUACGAGUUGCUGCUCUCCCAGACACUACCGGCUCUCAACAUGUCCUCCUAUCUCCUGCCACCUUUCCCAUUCUCUGUCCGUGCUUCCUCAUCCGCCGCUAGUGUUCUUCCGUCAGCCUUCCUCAUGUUGGCCGUUGCCAUGGGAGUCCUGGUCUUCUAGUUGCCGAGGCAUUGCUUUUUUAAUUCAAAAUUUUUUAUCCCGAAAUACUGGUUAUCAGAGUUGUUGCCAUUAUUACUAAUCUGUUAUUCUCCUUACCCCGAGACUAGUGGUGUCUUGGCCUUUAACCUCAAGCAUUUGAGGCACCCUGGGUAUGCCUUCUUAAUCAAGGUGAUCGUCCACUUUCUCCGUUUGCUGCAAGUGUUAGACAUAUUUUUGAGUGAGCAUCACAUACCGUUGUAAAACUUGAUACGCAGUCACGAUCUACUGGCCUGCACUAUGCUACUGUGACCUCUUUUCCAUGGGCUG